UCAUGACAGAACAGGUAGAAGCUGAACCCCUGCAGGGCAGUUAGGCUAAUUUCCAGCUUUCUGUCUCUUCUGUCUCUGUCCCGCCUCCCUUACUGCAGACUGAAAGACGUCCUUACCUCACACAACUAUGCAUUUCCUCGCACGCACACUCUCGCUGAGGAGCACAGCUUUACCGCUCUCUAAAGGGAGACUAGAUAAUGAGGAGUCCUCUGGAGGAGGCAGACGACGAGAGGAUGCCGCAGAGCCGUGAGUGGAGAGAUUACCAUCAUGGUGUUCAUCAGUGUGACACUUCACCACUUCCAGCAGCACCAGCCUCAAACACAAACCCACCAAACUCGCCCACCUCAGCACUUACAGGGGUCGGUCUGGAGCUGCAUAACCACAUUCCAGACAUCAAGCAAGCUUCAACCUCUUCAACAGGUCCAAAAUCCAGGAAAGGCAAAAAUGAUAAUAGAUACCUGGGUGUCAGAGUGAGAAUGCCAGUAAAAGACAUGCUGAGGAAUUUUCGCAUAGCCAAGGGCAUGGAUCCAAAAGAGCUGCAGGAGGACAGUAAAGGAACAAAAGGUAAAAAACGAGUCAACACAAGCGCUGAUCGGAGAAACAGACUGAAAAAGUGGCAAACCAAGAGUUUGGAGGAACUUGCCAUCAUAGUGGAAGUGCUGGAAGAAGAUCUAAAGACCAGUACAUCUCCAAGUCCAGCAAAUAUGCACCAGUCUUCUACCCAAUCCCCAGAGCCAGGAGACAAAAACUGGUGUGAACACAAGACCCAACAGAGCUUUACGUUCGAUUCACCUCCAAAUCGAAGUUUCUGUGAAACAAAUACGUUUCUCAUGCGAUCCGUCGAGCUCUACAACUCCUUCCCCAGUUCUGCUUAUAACCAGACCAUCACUCCCAACAGUCAGGAGGGUUAUGACCAUUAUGAGUCAGUCUAUUAUAGACCCAAGAGCCAGGCUGGAAUGAUCUGCUCACCUGGUGAAGGUGAAUACCAGGUGCCCUCUCCACAAGAAGCAAGUUGGUGUGGUUCCACAAGGGAGAUGAGCGGUCCAGCGUAUCCCUACUCAGUUCAGGAGGACUGGGGCAGUCUGGCAUUCUUCUGGACCCAAAUGAAAAGAGAGGAGCACCUACAGAGUUCUAUAACUGACCAAGAGCUUCUGGCCCUGGAUAAGUGUGGGAGAACGCUGCUACACAGAGCUGUAGACGAGGGGAAGCGAGCUCUCGUGUAUGUGAUCGCCAGAAGGAUGGCAGAACUGAAGAAGCUGGAUGUUAAAGAUACAGAGGGAAAGACUCCUCUCCACCUGGCUGCACACAGGAAUCAGCAUCUCGUAGUUGCAGAUUUGAUUUCUCUCGGUGCAAACAUCAACGAGAAGGACCGAUAUGGAAAGACGUGCCUCCACAUCAGUGCGGAAUAUGGAUAUGUCAGAGUUUUGGAGGUGCUGAAGAGCUGCAUGAGGAAUGGAAUUUAUAUUGACUUGGAGGCCAGAGACAUGAAUGGACUCAGUGCGUUGCAGCAUGCCUCAGUGACUCUGAAGAGCACAGUGUGUGAGCUGGAGAGGAGCGUGACUGCGGAUCAGACCCGGCUGCACUCUCUGCGGAAAGAGCAGAUGAUGGAGACGCUGGAGUGUCUUCUGCAGAUGGAAUGCAGCCUGCAGGUCAUGUAGCCCAGCAGAGGACUGUCCAGACCCGCAGCUGCUUCUCACACAGCGAGUGCUUUCUGCUGAACAAGGCAGUGUUGUUACCUGACGGUAAAUGUUUUUGGGUUAAUACAGGUUUGUACCUGCCACAGACGCAGCAUAAUUGCAUGUUCUCAAUACGUUUAAUAGAGUAAGGACAUCUGUGGCAUGGUAAAAGCUAUGUAUUAUGCAACCAGAGCUUUUGUGAAGUGAAAUCACAGGAGAGAAAGCCUCCUGUCUCACUCGCGACACAAUAAUGCAACGGUUGUGCAUCAGCUGGUUUCUGUGAAACUUCCACUGUUUGUUACGUUAAAGUAGCAGAAUAUUGAACUGAAAUGUGGUGCGAUCUGCAGCUCUGCUUCCUGUCACUUUAACGGGUUAGUCUCUUUUAUAACUAUGCUCUAAGAGCAAAAGACUAACAGCUGUGAAGGAUCAUCAGACCUGUAGAUUCGUGCCAUGUUCAUAUAAGGUUACGUGAACUUUUUGACUCACUUGUUUUGUUUGUUUCGUGUUUUCUGAAGCUGUACGUUUGAUUGAUGUUUGAAAUUAUAUUGAACAACAAUUAAAUCUAAUUAUAUUAUAUAACAUUGGGACUGGGAAUGUGGGGCUAUUCUGUAUAAAUACCAGUAUUCAUUUACUACAGCAUUUAUAUAUCUGAAUAAUACUCUGUGAAAAUGAAUUGUGUGAAUAAUUCA